AUGUCCGGUUUGAUUUGGCGGCUGCGACCGCGCCUGCAGCUUCCACGCCUGGCUGCGCGCGCGAGACUCCUCUCGACGCUUCCGAAUAUCCCGAUCUUCCGAGCUUUGCAAAACCACGACCCGGCCAGUCUAGCUGUUGUUCACAGCUUAAGCAAGCGCUCGUUCACAUACGGGAAUCUCAUCGGCGAUAUUCUCUGCGCGAAGGAGCAGCUUGAACACAAGACUACGGGCAAGCUGGCUGGGGAGCGGGUCGCGUUCCUAGCGGAGAAUAGCUAUGACUACGUAGUGACUAUGCUGGCUAUUUUCGCAAGCAACGCCAUUGCUUUGCCUUUGUCGCCGUCAUUUCCAACUGGUGAACUCCAGUAUAUUCUGGAUAACUCGGAGGCGAAGUUGCUCCUCGCGACGGAGAAAUAUGCCAACAAGGCAGAACAGGUCCUCAAGGCUGGGCUGCAGAGGGAACCAUUGUUUGAUAUCCGACAUAAGCUCAAGGAAGGUGCUGAGAAUGAGUCUGUUCAAUUAGAGGACUUGAAGCAGCCUGUCUCUGGGGGAUUGAUGCUGUACACAUCCGGGACUACAAAUCGACCGAAAGGAGUACUCAUCCCCGACUCUGCAAUUACGGCACAAGCAAGUUCUCUCCUCAAAGCAUGGAACUACACACCCCAAGACCGACUACUCCACCUACUUCCACUCCACCACAUCCAUGGCGUGGUCAACGCAGUUCUAACCCCGAUAUUCGCUGGUUCUUCCGUUGAAUUCAUGUACCCAUUCAACCCAGAUCAAGUCUGGCGCCGCCUCGCCGCCCCGUUCACAAGCGAAUCCAAACCAAAAAUCACCUUCUUCACGGCCGUUCCAACAGUCUACAACCGCUUAAUGACAUCCUUCACCACCCUGCCACCAGACAUUCAACAAGGCGCCAAACAAGGAAUCUCCCCAUCAAAUCUCCGCCUUAACAUCUCCGGCUCUGCAGCCCUCCCAACCCCCACCAAAACAAAAUGGACCACUCUUAGCACCGGCAACGUCCUCCUCGAACGCUUCGGUAUGACCGAAGUAGGAAUGGCCAUAAGCUGUGGCCUCGACCCGAAGGACCGCAUUGAUGGCAGCGUAGGCUGGCCCUUACCAGGUGUACAAGCGCGACUAGUCGACACAGAAACAGACGAAGUCAUCCCACUAGACAGCACUCGCGAAGGCGAGAUCCAACUCCGCGGUGAAACGAUCUUCCACAGCUACUGGGGCAAUGCGAAAGCCACGGCUGAGAGCUUUGUCCCGGCCGACGACGGCGGGAAACCGUGGUUCAAGACUGGCGAUGUCGCGACUAGACGGGUCGUCGAGGGAGCCGGAUCUGGAUCUAGUGGUGAGUGGGCGAAGGGUCCCAUGUAUUUCAUUCAGGGUCGGAAGAGUGUAGAUAUUAUCAAGACGGGCGGAGAGAAGGUCAGCGCGUUGGAGGUUGAGAGGGAGAUGCUUUCUCUACCUCAGAUCACAGAAGCUGCUGUCGUGGGUCUUCCCUCGGAACAAUGGGGUCAAAAGGUCGCUGCGGUGGUCGUCCUUAGUCCUGAUGCGGCGAGUACGGGACGAAAUGGCAAGGUAUGGGGACCGAUGGAUAUGCGACGUGCAUUGAAGGAUCGAUUGGCUUCGUACAAGAUUCCACAGGAAAUGAAGGUUUUGGAUGCGAUUCCAAGGAAUGCAAUGGGCAAGGUGAACAAGAAGGCUCUUGUCAAGCAGGUAUUCGAUUUUUAG